GAUGAAUUAAAAGACUUAAAUUACUUGAUAAUUUUCAUAAACGAUUGUUAUAAGCUUUAACUAAGGGAAUCCCAUUUGUUUAAUCAGCAAAAGCAAGCAAAGCUUUAGCCUUCAGCGUAGCUUAGUUGUCGUCUCUGUAACUGCAGUUGCAGGCUUGCAGCUUUGCAGGCUUUGCAUGGUUGCCAUUUUUCAUGUUCUUAAACUUCAUGAAGCUUAAACCAAGCUCAACCCAGUUUUUAAUUCACUGAAAUCAACGAUGUCUUGGAUUUUCGUUUAAUACCCAAAUCUCUCACCGUCGCCGGACCUUUCUUAUUGUCCUCUGUUCUUCUCUCCGGUUCUGUUUUUUUCUUGUUGUUGUUGUGUGUGUGUGUGCUUUGAAAAUGGAGGAAGGGUCGAAGCAGGUGAUUUACCUUUACGGUGAUUUGGAUUUAACCAUUAUUGAAGCUCGGAAGCUACCUAACAUGGAUUUAGUGUCUAAUCAUCUUCGUAAAUGCUUAACUUGUGAGACCUGUAAAGCUCCAUCACAAGCAGCAGCUGCUCAAGAACCAGGGGAAGUUGGUAAAGUCCACCACCACCAUAAAAUCAUGACCAGCGACCCUUACGUCACCGUUACGGUGCCACAAUCGACUUUAGCUCGUACACGCGUGUUGAAGAGCGCUGACAACCCGGAAUGGAACGAGAGGUUCAUAAUCCCCAUGGCUCAUCCUUUAACUGAGCUAGAAAUUAACGUCAAAGACGACGACCUGUUAGGCGCUGAAGUCAUUGGCACUACCAAAUUCCUCGCCCAAAAAAUCGCCACCGGAGAGCGUAUAACUGGGUGGUUCCCACUCAUUGGCUCAUCGGGGAAGCCUCCUAAGCCGACUACGGCAAUACACAUCGACAUGAAAUUCACGCCCUGUGAGGAAAACCCUUUGUAUAAACAGAGCCUCGCCAGCGAUCCGGAGCAAGGCGGCGUGAGGCACACGUAUUUCCCGAUGAGGAAAGGGAACAAAGUGACGCUUUACCAAGACGCUCAUGUGCCGGACGGUAUGUUACCCAAAAUAGAACUAGACGAUGGUAAAGUAUUUAACCAAGGAAAGUGUUGGGAGGAUCUUUGUUAUGCCAUAUCUGAAGCUCACCAUAUGAUAUACAUUGCUGGUUGGUCUGUUUUUCAUAAGGUUAAGCUUGUUAGAGAACCAACUAGGCCAUUACCUCGAGGUGGGGAUUUAAACCUUGGUGAAUUGCUUAAAUAUAAAUCUGAAGAAGGGGUUAGGGUGUUGUUGUUGGUUUGGGAUGAUAAAACUUCAGAUAAAUUUGGUAUUAGAAAGAUGGGACUAAUGCAGACACAUGAUGAAGAAACUUUGAAGUUUUUCAAGCAUUCAUCUGUUAUGUGUGUGCUAGCUGGUCGAUAUGCUGCUAGUAAGCUGGGUUAUUUCAAACAAAAGGUUGUUGGAAGCAUGUUUACGCAUCAUCAAAAGUUCGCUCUUGUUGAUACACAGGCAGCCGGUAAUAAUCGAAAGAUUACUGCAUUUGUUGGAGGCAUCGAUCUCUGUGAUGGUCGCUAUGAUACACCUGAACAUCGAAUACUUCAUGAUCUUGACACCAUCUUCAAGGAUGAUUUUCAUAAUCCUACUUUUUCCGCUGGAAUCAAGGCUCCUAGGCAACCAUGGCAUGAUUUACACACCAGAAUUGAAGGGCCUGCCGCAUAUGAUGUUCUUAUCAACUUCGAGCAGCGGUGGAGGGAAUCGACCAAAUGGAAGGAUUUCUGUCUACUUUGUGCAGGAAAAAUGCCAUCGAAUGACGAUGCUUUGAUUAGGAUAGAACGAAUCUCUUGGAUACUAAGUCCUUCCUUAGCUGUAACAGACCACGGCACUACAAUAAUUCCAGAAGAUGACCCCAAAUUGCAUGUUCUUAGUAUCGAUGAUCGUGACAACUGGGAUGUUCAGAUUUUCCGCUCCAUUGACUCGGGAUCAGUGAAAGGAUUUCCAAGACCAAUGAGAAAACCCGAGAACCAGAAUCUUUUAGUUUCAAAAAAUGUGGUCAUAGAAAAAAGCAUUCAAACAGCUUAUAUACAGGCAAUAAGAUCCGCUCAGCAUUACAUAUAUAUCGAAAAUCAGUAUUUUCUGGGAUCUUCGUAUGCUUGGCCAUCGUAUAAAGAUGCAGGGGCCGAUCAUCUGAUCCCAAUGGAGCUGGCAUUAAAGGUUGCUAGUAAAAUCCGAGCAAGAGAGAGAUUUGCGGUAUAUAUCGUUAUUCCUUUGUGGCCCGAGGGUGAUACAAAAUCUCUUUCUGUACAGGAAAUUCUAUACUGGCAGUCUCAAACAAUGCAAAUGAUGUAUGAUAUCGUCGCACGAGAACUCAAGAGCAUGCAGAUUACGGACUCGCAUCCUCAAGAUUACCUCAAUUUCUAUUGUCUUGGUAAGAGGGAAGAGGUCACCCCGGAAAUGCUCGGUGGAAAAGGAACUUCGGUCUCUGACUCUGCAAAGUUCGGUCGGUUCAUGAUAUACGUGCAUGCAAAGGGAAUGGUCAUAGAUGAUGAGUAUGUGAUUGUAGGGUCAGCUAAUAUUAACCAAAGAUCCAUGGCUGGUACAAAAGACAGUGAGAUAGCUAUGGCUGCAUAUCAACCACAUUAUACAUGGGCUGAAAAGAAAAAACAUCCACGUGGUCAGGUAUACGGGUAUAGAAUGUCCCUAUGGGCAGAGCAUCUUGGUGAGCUAAAUAAGUGUUUCAAGGAACCAGAAACUCUAGAAUGUGUGAAGACAGUAAACACAGUUGCUGAAGAUAACUGGAAGAAAUUUACAGAUACCGAUUAUUCGGCAUUGCAGGGCCAUCUUAUGAGGUAUCCUUUGGAAGUAGAUAUUGACGGGAAAGUGAAACCACUCCCUGGAUAUGAAAAUUUCCCAGAUGUUGGUGGCAAAGUAAUCGGAACUCACUCGGUUAAGCUUCCAGACAUUCUUACGACGUAAAUCACCAUGUGUAUCAAUUGCAGAUUUCUUCUGUUCUUAGUUCUUUGUUGAAGUAUUAGUUCGCAAAAAAUGUACGUCGUUGUAUGUAUGUAUGUAUGUAUGUAUGUGCACGUGUGUACAUGUGUGUGAAGUGUGCGUCAUGUGGCUAGUUCAGUUGGCAUCAAUGUGGUUGCAGAUUCUUAGAGCUUGAACAUAACCAAAUGAAUAAAGGGUAUGUUUGAUUUUA